UCGUGUUCUGAUUGGGACUUUCGGUUCGCUAUUGGACGGAGUGCGAAGCAUGAAGUGAAAGUAGCAGUGAGAAAAACCAAUUUGUAGAAGAAUUUGGCGAGGUUUUCCCUUUUUCAGUUUUAGAACUGCGAUUGCAAUUGUUGCAAAAUUCUUCAGUAAUGUUAGAUUUCUGCAAAAUAUCUUUACCGACUGAACGUCUAUACCAAUGUUUCUGCUGUAACGUUGGUGUGUAGGAGGAAGUGGAAGGAACAGGUUCGGUAUGAGUGAGGAGAGUGGAGACCAGGGUCAAAGUUCAAGUGUUCCCAAAAACAAUAAUGAAACUAUAAAUUCUGACGAGAAAAAGAUUGAAGAAAAUCCACCAGAAGAUUUGACAGGUCAAAUUCCAGAAGAUUUGACAGGUCAAAUUCCAGCAGAUGUUAUCUUAAAAAAGUGUUUGGGUAACAAUUCAGGGGAUCAAGGUGAGUCCGAAGGUGUGGAUGAGGACCAAGUAACAGGAGUUGAAUCCAGGGAAAAGACAUCAGAGAAACGGCAGAAGGCUGUAGAGGAAAAUUGCGAUUCAGGGGUUGCAAGUGAGUCAGAAGGUGUGGAUGAGGACCAAGUAACAGGAGUUGAAUCCAGGGAAAAGAAAUCAGAUAAACGGCAGAAGGCUGUAGAGGAAAAUUGCGAUUCAGGGGUUCAAGGUGAGUCAGAAGGUGUGGAUGAGGACCAAGUAACAGAAGUUGAAUCCAGGGAAAAGAAAUCAGAGAAACGGCAGAAGGCUGUAGAGGAAAAUUGCAAUUCAGGGGUUCAAGGUGAGUCCGAAGGUGUUGAUGAGGACCAAGUAACAGGAGUUGAAUCCAGGGACAAGAAAUCAGAGAAACGGUGGCAGAAGGCUGUAGAGGAAUAUUGUCAAUUCCUGGAAUACAUUUGGAAAAAUUACAGAUUUGGCCUCAUAAUGCACACAAGUUUUACGUUGGCCUUGAUGUUGGGUUGGACUGUAAUUUGGCAGCCUGUUCAGGACAGAAUUUAUUAUCAUAUUUUGAAUUAUCCAAAACCCCCGGAGUUAGAUCCUAAUCAAAUAACUGAUUUCAUGAAACAACACAAGCAAAAUUCUCAAUGUGAUUUGACAGAACUUCAGGAAAAGUAUACCACACUUCAGGAAAGUUAUAGCUCUCUGGAAGAAGAUAUGUUGACAUUACAGAAUACAUUACACACAAAUUAUACAAAAUUAAAUGAAACACUAGCAAAGCAUGAAAAACGAAUCAGUAACACAAGUUCGUCAUUGGAAUCCAUAGGUUCGAAUGUCACUGACUUUGAAGGCAAGCUUCAGCUGCAGACGAAGCAGACGCACCGCCUACAGAGGGAUGUGGACAGCAACAUACUCAAACAGAUCUCCGAAGAGAUAUGGAAAUAUCUGUCGGUCAUCGUAGCCGUUGGUGAGAUCGGCCUGUUCUUGUAUGUGAUCAAGUUGAAGUCUUUGCUAGGAAACAGGGGCAGACAACCCCAGGCACUGGUACAGCAAACAGAUACAGUGGACCGACAAGACACAAACCGAGAUGGACAUGACAAUCAGCCCCGGUCUGUUUUGAAUGGAGCCUUUAAAACAUCCACCGACAACUCUGUGUGUGUUCUCAGCUUUAAUGGAGGUUCUGCUCACACAAAGCAUGUCAAAUUGUCAUGGUCAUUCUUAGAUAAAAAGGUCAAGGUUACUGAUGUUGUGAUACACGGAGAAGGGGAAAUCAUUAACAUCCCUCCUUCCAAGAUUGUUUUGGUGCAUGUUGACUUCAACGCCCGCAACAUAAUCCUGGAGAACCCCGAACGUGAGAUAGGGGAGUUGAGGAGGACAACAGUUCAGGCCUUGUGGAGGAUGAAUGCCGAUGUCAUUCUGUUUUACUACUAUGAGGAGAGGAACGCCAAGCCUCUGGGUGAUCAAGAUCUCUACAGCUCGGAUCUAGUGUCAGUCAGAACUCAAACAGAGCUCAAACGUUUGGAGGGACAGAAACGUUUCAUCAGCCUCAAUGGUAAGCUGUCUGAAAGACAGAAACAACACCUGCGUGGAGUGGUACAGACAAGGAUUGGCUGAUUUCUCCACUGAAAGGGACUGAUGAAACAGCUGCUGAUAAUAUAAAUUGUUCAAUCUUUGACCUAAAACAGUGAACUAUUAAAAAUACUUCCGUUUGCUUAUCCUUAAUUGGAUGUACAAUAUUGACUUCAACACAAGUCAGUAGUAUAGCGACCUUUCAGUCAGACUGGCACUGAUUUCUAUGGUGUGGUUGUGGAGUAUUUAUUUGCUAUAUCUGUCCCUGGAAUGAGGUAUAGGUUCAAAAUCCUAGGUAUAGAAGAAAAGUCUGUAAAUGUCUGAAAGCUGUAUAAGAAUUUAAGACUAAAAGAAAAUAAACCAAUCAAACAUGUUUAGCAUACCAAAUUAUGCACGAGUUUUUGUGCAGUAAAAAAAUUAUCCAUUUUCCUGAUGAUCAUUGUUUUCCCAUUGUAAUGUUACACACUUUGAAUCAGGCGUUCGACCUUUCUGAACUCUUUUUCUUGCCUUGGCUUAAUAGAAUAUAUAUAUAACUCCUGUGUGAUGUAUACACAAAAAUCUCAACCUUGGUAAAAAAAAAAAAAUAUAGCACAAAUGCUGAAGUUCAAAAAUCUUCCUGAUGGGGUUGACUUUUCUGUGUCUGUCUCACACAGAAGUGAUUGAAUAUUUUCAUCCCACAUUUUCUUUCUGUAAAAAAAGUCAUAAACACACUCACCUUGCCAUCAUCACAGAAAAAUGAAAUGUGUAAUAAAAAAUAGAUGGCGUUACCCUGGUAACAGGAUAUAAAGUAAUGACAUGAUGGUGACAUGUCAGAGUAACAGCAUGUGUGAUCCAUCAUUCUCUGUGUAUCUUCUCUGUAGCAACAAUAGUAAUGUACAACAGAGUUAAGAAGGGUUAAAAGAUCAGUUCCUAAAGAAUUGAUCAGUGUUAUAACACUAUUUCUCAUCAGAUUAUGAUCAUGAGGACACCUCAGAAUGUUUAUGCCUAUUUUCAGAAGAGUUAUGGCCCUUGAUUUUCUUGCCUUUUCACCUACAAUCACAAUAGGUGACUGGUACCAAUUCUGGUUGUUUUGCAGUAAUUGGCUCCUGUGAGGAGAAUUAUUUGCAAUGCCUUGUUAUUCUUCCUUUCUUUUUAAUUUGUUUUUGUUGGUUGUACAUGUAUUUAUAUAAAGUUCAGAACCUCUUUUCUAUGCUAGAAGAAAUAAUCAUAAUUCUAAAUAUUUUGAAAUAAUGAAAUAUUGCUGAAAGUAAACAGUAAAUUUGGCAUCAAAUCAUGUAAAUGUUACUAAUCUUCCUUAUAACAUUGCUGUCAAUAUUGUAGUGUUUGUCUGCAGAAUUUCUUGUAAGAAUGUUGUGAUCAAAACAUCUGACCGAAGUAAGACAUUGGUUCAGCAAGUGUUCGGUGAUCUGUGUCGUUCAUGCUCACGUAAUUUAACAAUAAGUUUAAAAAGUUUUGUAUUAAUAAUAAAUUACUUGUUUGUUCUCAUGAUAUUGGCAGCUGGUAAUUUGUAUUUCCUUUAAUAUUUUUAAGAAUAUAAUCAUUUUGAACUUGUAGUCAGAAAGGUUUUAUGUUUGUCAGUAUACUACCUGUGACUAAGAAUUCAUAAUGUAAAGUAUUUAUAAUGUGAAGGAUUUAUAAUGUGAAGGAUUUUAUAAUGUAAAGGAAUUAUAAUGUAAAGUAUUUAUAAUGUAAAGGAUUUAUAAUGUAAAGUAUUUAUAAUGUGAAGGAUUUAUAAUGUAAAGGAUUUAUAAUGUGAAGGAUUUAUAAUGUAAAGUAUUUAUAAUGUAAAGUAUGGAUUUAUAAUGUGAAGGAUUUAUAAUGUGAAGGAUUUAUAAUGUGAAGUAUUUAUAAUGUGAAGUAUUUAUAAUGUGAAGUAUUUAUAAUGUAAAGGAUUUAUAAUGUAAAGGAUUUAUAAUGUAAAGGAUUUAUAAUGUGAAGUAUUUAUAAUGUGAAGAAUUUAUAAUGUAAAGGAUUUAUAAUGUGAAGGAUUUAUAAUGUGAAGGAUUUAUAAUGUGAAUUUUUAAUGUUAAGAACUGAUAUAAUGUUAAGAACUGAUAAUGUAAAGGAUUUAUAAUGUGAAGAAUUGAUAAUGUGAUAAUGCUUUUCUACAGAUUGUAAUUAAGAAAUGUGCCUGUGUCCUGGAUUGAUUUGAAUUGUCAGGUGUAAGGGAGGCUACUGCCAUACUGAAAUCUUAAUAUAGUUUGGUUUGGUUUACAGGGUUAAACUUCCAUGUGUGUAAUGUAUGUGUGCUGGAGACAGAAUGAUGGUGUUUUUCAAUAUUACUUACCUGUUUAUUGCUUGACAUUCAUAUUAGUAGCAAAUGCAUUACAAAAAAAAAUAUAAAAAAAAUGGUGUGAGGUGACAACGUUCUCUGAUAUAUUGUGAAAUCAUAAAUUAUUGUGGGACAUUAAAUUUCGUUGAUUUCGUGGAUAACAAAAAUCCACAAAAUUAAGUCCCCACAAAAACAUGCAUUUGG